AUGGAUCCAUCCUUUACUUUUCCCCGCCCCAAGCCUGCUAUACCCCGUCCCCAAGCUCCUUCAGCCUCUCAAGGGGAGAGCCGUGAAUCCAAUGCCCUCCGUGCUUCCGUUCUUGAUGCUGCACUUGAACUUGGUCUAGGAAACAAUUCUGUCGUUGCGGACUGGAUGUUCAACAAUACCCUGCAGGAAGAAGAGGAAGAGGUAGAGGAGCCCGUUCCUUCGCCUGGCCUUACAUACGGCUCAUCAGCCACUUCCGAGGAAUCUUCCUCUUAUUCACACCGUCCACCUCCACCUCUUGCUGCCUCCAAUCCCACCCCUCUUUUUCUUUCUGAUUCAAGGGACCCCCAGUUUCCCAAACAUCAAGGCGCCCGAGCUGCCAUCGUCCCGUCCACCGUUGACGUGCCGUACGUGGCUGCCGGUAGUAACGUCACUUUUCCCGAAGUCCCCGUCCAGAUCCCUCCUCGACCUACUACGCCUUCUGGGCGAGCCAAGCUCAAAAAGAAGAACCGCGGAGAUGGGUACGAGAGUGAUGGUGGAUACGUCAGCGAGGCGGGGAGGAAGAAGGAUAAGGAUAAGAAAAAGGAAAAGGAAGGGGCUGAUGAGAAAAAGGAGAUGAAGGCUCGUUUGAAGGAGGAGAAGAAGGAAUUGAAAGAGGAAGAGAGGAAGAGAAAGAAGAGUUUGGUUUCAGCUGUUACGAGGUCUUCGUCCAAGGAUAAAGAAAAGGACAAGGAUUCCGGUUAUGCGACUGGCUAUGAGACUGACGGGAGCAAGCAUAGUAAAUCCAAAUCAAAGAAAGUCAAGCCUAAAUCUUCUCUGGGCAACAUUGGCGGAGAAUACGAACCAGAUGCUCCCUCAACGCCUCUCAAAAAGUCCAAAUCGCGGUUCUUCAAACUAAGCACAAAGUCCUCAAAACCAAACCUUCAGGAGGACGUCGUCCCUUCACCCUCAACGGAAAAGGACAAGGGGAAGGAAGUCGUCCCCCUCCCCAUCGCAGGCAGGUUCAUCACAGGCGUAGGAGCACCACCAGUUCCUUACAUACCCCCUCCCACCAAUCCCAGUCCCGUUCUUGCCCCCGGCGCGAGUCUAGCGUCAAGCCUUGUACUUCCACCUCCUGAACGCCUUCCCCCCAUCGCAACGCACGCGCUCGACUUCGAUUCAGUUACAUCCCCCGUGGUCACCUCCUCGCCUGUAUCAGCCGUCACCUCCCCAGCUGUCCUCUCAUCCCUAAAAAAGCAAGCAGACCGCGAUUCACGGUCGUCCGCCAGCUCAGGCUCCUCUGGUGGUUCGAAUCCACGCCGCAGGGGCUUACAGUUCUCCCCUACCCAUGCGAAUGGGAGUGAGAGUUUUUCGACGAUUACUUCUACUUCACAGUCCCAUUCGCACUCACAUGGACAUGGGCCGCCUCCGUCUUCCAUGAUCUACUCCCCGCCUGGUUCUGCGCAAGGGCAUUUAAAGCCCCCGUCUAUUUCCUUCCCUGUGACGCGCUCUCCGUCCCCGCAUGGUCCUCUUAGCCCAGUGGCGCCGUUGAAUGUGGUUAAAGGGUUGAAGACCAAGGCGUCGUUGGAUGCUAUACCCUCGAACCACUACGCCAAUUCAUCGAGGGGCGUAUCGCCUAUACCACUAUCGCCAGACUCGCCUUAUGUCAUGGUCACACCUACUACUUCCUCUUCCCCACCCAACGUUAUCACCUCACCAAUCCCACUUGUAAGACCACGCAACCCACCCACAAACGGCUUCGGCCCACGCAUCUUCACUCAAACUCAAACCCAACCCCCGUCGUCACCAGUCCCACCACCAAGCCCACACGUCCACUUCCCUUUUGGCGCCCACGAAAAGCCCACGCAUCUGAGCAUAGUGCCCUCUGAAGACUGGGUCGUUCCGUCCCCCUCUAGUUCCCAAACAUCACAUCAUGUUAUAACGCCGCCGAGUGUUUUGGCGUAUUAUGAUAUACCGCCGCCUAGUCCGCCGCCUAUGGGUCCGUUGCCCGUUCCCCCUGUUGAAGGAGGAAAUGGGGCAGGAGGGGCAAGUGCGGGUGUGUUCCCUACGACGUCGCAGUUGAGGGCGAGGAUGCAUGAGCGGGGUGUGGGUGCUACGAAGGAGUUUAAUAACCAGCUUGUGAAUAUGAGUAUGCAGAGGGGGAGGGAGCUGCCUUUUCCUGCUCGUCCUAUUUUGCCCACCAACAACUCCAAUUCCUCCACUUCUACGACCACCAACCCAAACUCGAAUGGUGUUGUUGGACCGGGGUUGGAGGCACGAGUGAAUGUUAGGAGGUAUCGCGAUUUAUAUGCGGCUCCUGCUGGGGGAUGGCCAGAACCUCAGUCUCAGUCUCAGCGUCGUCCUUCUAGGUCCGACGAAGGCGAAGGCGAGGGGUAUCACGCCGAAGAAGAAGAAGAAGAGGAAGAAGACAUGAAAGACGUCCUAAACCGCUUCGAAGACUCCGACUCAGACACAGACUUCAUAAACCCCCGCACCCUCGAAACGCGACGUUCCUUCGAAGCUAUCAAGCCUCUCCCAGGACACGAAAGUUUUGCAGUGGAGGAGUAUUACGGUACCCGCGAUAGAGAUACCAUCUACUCUUUCGCUGACACUUAUGCUACGGGGGGAGGGGACAGGAACUCGAGAUGGAGCGGGAGUAUUUAUAGUCGGAAUAGUAUUUUGGAUCCGGAUAAGAGUGAGGAGGCUCGGGAGAGGUUUUUGGAGAGGGUUAAGGCUAUGUUGGGGGGUGAUGAGGAUGAGAGACGUGGAGGGAGGGGGAGACAGCAGGUUGUUCCGCCUGUUCCUGAUAUCCCGGAACGGUUUGCGUCGCCUAGGAAGAAUUGGCCGCCUGGCAAGUUUUGA